UCAUCCGCGCCAGCUGGGACGAUCCUGCACGGCCUGUCAAUCUACAAGGACCGGCCGGAGCCCGUCGCGCGACCGGAUUCGCACUACCCCGCCUGGCUGUGGGACAUCAUCUCCUCUUCCUCGUUCAGCACCGACACAUCCGAGGCAAGCAUUGCAGCCGAGACGGCUGGAAUGUCCAAAGGUGAAGCGCGCGUCGCCGAGAAGCGUAUCAUGAAGGAGCGCCGGGCCGCGCAGAAGGCCAAAGAGGCCGCCGCGAAGAAGGCACAGAUAGCCGCCGAAGCGGCCGCUGCAAAAGCCGCCGCCGCGCAGUCGUCAUGUGCAGGCGUCAGCCUCGCAGGAGGAGCGCCGCUCGUGCUGGGCGAGCAUAGAAGGAUUGCUGCACUCGCCGCAGACGCAGAGGCCACGCAGAAGGAGGCGGACGCCGCUGCCAGCGAGGCAGGGCUCAUGCCUGGACAGGCGGCAAAGAAAACAGGCGACGACGCUGCUACUGCUGUCAGCGGCAUGUCCGAGCGCGAAUUGCUGGAGCGUGAGAAGAAGCGCGCGCUCAGAAAGGCGAGCAAGAGCGCCAUCAAGACGAAGAACUUUGUCAGCAGCUCGUGA